AUGAGGACACUCGACUAUCUUGGUCUGGCCGAAACACCGCAACCUCCACGAGCACAGCUUGCUACUCCCUACAUUCCCAACCUUACCGACUUUGCAAAACAAGCAAGCCGCUUCCGUUCUUACUCUGUCAACAACAAGGACAAGUAUGCUGAUGAGGACGAGGAUGACUUUGACGCGGAUGGCUUGAGCUAUGAAAGCCAUUAUGCGGCUGCCUUACAGGACCAGCUUGCCAAGACCAAUGCUGCUAUUCACAACCAUAACCUGGCGGUCCAGGCGUUCGCAAACCAGGCCGUGAAUCGGCCUCGUGCAAGGACUGCUGGCGUCCUAGAGACCCCUGCCUCCCGUAUCCUCAGAAACUACUACCCUACUCCUUCGCGCCUGGAUAGCUCCAUCACAGCUGCUGAGAUUCGACUGCCUGACGAGAAGGAGUUUGAAGAUCUUCCACAAGCGGUUGCUGCUAUGACCUUGGGCCGAUCAAACAGCCGCAAUAAUGGGCUCCUGAGUGCAGAAGAGCAAGGCCUCGAAGGACCGACCAGCGCUUUGUGGCUGGGUAGUAUACCAACAUCCACAACAACAUCCACCCUCACAGAGAUGUUCAAGUCUUACGGUCCAAUCCUAUCCGCUCGAGUCCUGACCCAUAAAAAUUGUGGCUUCGUGAAUUUCGAGAGAGUAGACAGCGCAAUCGCUGCUAAAGCGAACAUGAACGGCAAAGAGAUCUUCCCCGGUGCAGGCCCAAUCCGUAUUAACUUUGCGAAGCCACCAUCGGCGUCCAACACUCCUGGACACGAUGGCGUCUUCCCCUCUCCAAGCCCGGAUCCUUUCGCCAAAGGUCAAGAUGCUAGUCUUGCUCCUACCACGGCAGCAUCUGGAAGCUCAGUGGAAGCGGCUUCCGCUCCCCAGACGGCGAAUGUUGAUCCUACAGUUCCACCACUCCGAGAGAUGACCACGGAUAUCCUGGAUAUCGUCAAGCAGUUUGGUGCUACCGAUGACGAUAGGUACAGAAUCUCCAUGAGUCUUCAGUCAGCUAUCCAGUUCAACGACUUCGCCAAAGAGAUUCCUGUAAUCAAGGAACCUUCUCACACAAGGGUGCACGAUGCACCCAAGCUACGGGACAUUCGCAAGCGGAUCGACAACCAGAGCUUAUCGCAGGCAGAGAUCGAAGGCAUCGCUGUCGACAUGUUGCCAGAGAUUGCGGAGCUUUCAUCCGACUAUCUUGGUAACACUGUCGUCCAGAAGCUUUUCGAGCACUGCUCCGAUCAGCUGCGCGACGAUAUGCUUGCUGAAAUUGCUCCACACAUGGCAGAGAUUGGUGUGCACAAAAAUGGUACUUGGGCAGCGCAGAAGAUCAUCGACGUUUGCAAGACUCCACACCAGAUGAACCUGAUCGUGCAGUACUUGCGACCGUACACGGUCUCGUUGUUCCUAGACCAAUAUGGCAACUAUGUUCUGCAAGGCUGUCUCAAAUUUGGGGCGCCGUUCAACGACUUCAUUUUUGAGACGAUGCUGAGCCAGAUGUGGGAAGUCUCCCAGGGCCGAUACGGUGCUCGGGCUAUGCGUGCUUGCUUGGAAAGCCACCAUGCUACCAAGGACCAACAGAGGAUGCUCGCGGCAGCUAUCGCGUUGCAUAGCGUGCAAUUAGCAACCAAUGCCAACGGUGCCCUGCUAUUGACUUGGUUCCUUGACACCUGCACAUUUCCGCAACGCAGGACGGUUCUUUCACCCCAGUUGGUGCCAUAUCUGGUCCAUCUCUGCACUCACAAGGUUGCUUACCUCACCGUGUUGAAGGUGAUCAACCAGAAGGCCGAGGGAGAUGCUCGUGACACUAUUCUGAAGGCCCUCUUUUUCACCAAGAAUGACCGAGUUCUGGAAGCUAUUCUUAGCGAUCAUACCUGUGGAGCUACUCUGAUAUUUAAGGUUUUGACGACUCCCUUCUUUGACGAGAGCAUCCGAAGUCAGGUCGUCGAAAACGUCAAGACUGUCCUCAUUAGGAUCAAGGCUCAGCCCGGCCAAGGCUACAAGCGCCUAAUGGAUGAAGUCGGCCUAUCGACCCGUAAUGGAAGCGGAGGUGGCUCUCGAGACCAUAGCACCAACAAUGAGCGACAGCGUCCAGCGUCACGACAGGCUAGCAGCUCUCAUCACCAUCAACAGCAGCAGCAGCAACAGGCAGCACAACAACAGCAACAACAAGCUGCUGCUGCGCAGUUCAACGGGAAUGGAAAUAACCAGUUCUACAACCCCCUCAAUGCUGCCGCUGUCAACCAGUCCAACUACGAGCUUGGAUUCGGAGGACCACGAAGCGAGAGUGUCGAGCCUGCUCUUCCUCCGCAGUACUCUGGCUUUGGGGCACAGGGCGCCAUGUUUAAUGCGCCAAAUGCGCAGAUUCCCCCUGUCAGCCUCCAGCAACUCCAGUACCAGCAGAACAUGCUGUCUCGUGCAACCCCUCCGAUGUACAACAACUUCCCUGCUAUGCAGGCCGGUUUUGCGGGAUUUAACAGCCCUAGUCCUUCUAUCGACCAAUACCGAAGCCAGAACAUGGCCAAUGGAAGUCCCAUUCAACCUCCUGGUGCUCAGAUGCCCGGCAUGCAAGCCAACCAAACCCAAUUCCCCGCUCCUGGCUUCGGGAUGGGUAUGAACAUGGGCGGAUUCGGAUAUGGAGGCAUGAACGGGAUGCAAAACAUGCCCUACAUGCAGGAGCAAGUCAGCGGCAGACGCGGACGUGUAGGUCGAAAUCCGGCGCGCGACUCGAACCAACGUCCAUACUAA